AUGUCAACCUCUUCAAUAAAUAUGGGCCGCCCUAUUCUCCGCCCUGCCGUCCACACGGCUAUCCACCGCCCCAGAGUGGAUGCGAACCUUCCAUCGCGCGACAGCUUCAUCGCCAACCAAAUCAACGUUACAACCGAAUGCAGCCUAUGUUACGAAGGCUUUGAUGAGAAUCAUGCCCCGGCUCGCAUUACCGGACCAAUGGCCUGCAAUCACGUCUUUGGCGCGACUUGCUUGCGAGAUUGGCUCAUGUCCGACCAUCCCAAUGCGAACACGUGCCCCAUGUGUCGAGCUACGCUAUUCCGCGGAGAGGAAACCCGCCAAGAGCACCAUAGAAGGGGAUACCAUAUAGAUGAAGACAACGAAGAGGAAUUCGGUUUCGAUGAAUACUAUUUCCAAGAUUACGAUGAAGGGACACCCUAUUUCCGGGAAUACGAUGAAGAAGAAAGUUACCCCUGGGAUUAUGACACUGAAGAGGAGAGCGAGAGCGAGAGUGAGAGUGAGAGCGAGGGGGAAAGUGAUAUUGAGCAGGAUGGGGACGAUGCCAGUGAUGACGGUACGGCCGUAACCAACGAGGUAGAUGCCCAUUUGUCCAUCAAUGAAGGUGGCAAAACCUCAUGA